CUCUAUUCAGGUACGCCUGAAGAAGUUCACAGCAAGAGGGAAGAUGUCUGCUGUCCACCAUGUGUUCGAACUGCUGGACAGCCGCGCCAGCUUGGUUCUACUGUUCGUCAGUCUCCUCACGUACCUGUACUUCAGACGGCCCAGAAACCUCCCGCCCGGCCCGACGUGCUGGCCCGUCAUUGGCAGCCUGCCCAGCAUCGCGAAGGCCGACGAACUCCAUCUGAAGUUCCUGGAAUGGCAGAAGGAGUACGGACCUGUCAUCUACUUCCGUGUAGGAAUGCUGGAUACUGUGGUACUCGGCGGUUAUGACGUCAUCUAUCAAGCCCUGGUGAAGCAGGCUGAAGCGUUCUCCAGCAGGCCUGUCCACCUAGCGGUUGUAUCUAAAAUUACAAAGAACAAAGGUAUCGUUAUGAUUCCAUCCGGUCCACAUUGGAAGGAGCAGCGAAAGUUCGCCUUGAUAACUCUGAGGAGUUUCGGCUUCGGAAGGCGAAGUAUGGAGGCCAAGAUCUUAGAAGAGGCGGCAGCCUUGUGCGAAGAGAUCAACAACUUUGGCGCCAAACCGUUCAAACUCCCCAGGCUAGUACAGAAGGCGACUACAAAUGUCAUCUGCUCAUUGGUCUUCUCACAUCGCUUGGACUACGACGACCCCAAUUUCCUACGACUUAUGGAAGACUUCAACACCGUCUCUGGAACCGCCUUCUUAAACAUGCCUGAGAACGUCUUCCCGUUUCUGAGACAUGUCCUGAGCAGCGGUGACAAUCUGAUCAAGGCAUCCAAAUUUCCCGUGGACUACAUCAUGACCCAGAUAAAGGAACACGAAGAUACAUUUGACAAGAAUGACAUCCGUGAUUUCAUCGACGCGUUUCUAUUGGAGAUGGAAACCCAGGACCAGGGCACAAGUUCCUUCACCGAGGAGCAGUUGGUCUACACUGUGUUUGAUUUGUUCGUAGGAGGCACCGAGAGUACAUCGGAUGCUCUUCGAUGGGCGAGCCUUCUUAUGAUGGUGAAUCCGGAUAUCCAACAAAAGGUUCAAGAGGAGAUUGACAGCGUGCUGGGACCCGACCAGCCCCCGUCCAUGGCCCACCGACCCCAGCUGCCCUACACACAAGCUGUACUGGCCGAGGUCUUCCGCUUCUCAUGCAUCGUCCCACUGAUCGUGCCCCACACCACGACGGAGGACACAACUCUCAACGGAUACCACAUCCCACGGCAGACCAUUGUCAUCCCCAACCUGUGGUCCGUGCAUUACGAUGAGAAGUUGUUUCCCAACCCGUACAAGUUCGACCCCACCCGCUUCCUGGACGACAAGGGACAAUACAAGAAGGACGAACAUGUCAUGCCCUUUUCUGCAGGACCCCGGAUCUGUUUGGGAGAACAGCUGGCUCGGAUGGAGUUCUUCCUGUUCUUCACCUCGCUCAUGCAGCACUUCACUUUCAAACUGCCAGAGGGCGUUACCGUAUCACCGCAUGAAGGGAUCACCGGAGGCGUGCGUUCUCCCAAACCUCAUGAUAUGAUAGCGGUGGCACGAAACUAAGAAAGAAAGGUCAGAAAGGAUCGGAACCCUCAAAACUUUGAGAGAUAAUCAACAUAAACAAAGCCAUACCAAUUUGAUUUCUUGGUUCUCGGAGUUUUAAAAGUGAAAAUAUAGCAAGAGGACAUCAUAAAGGUAGAAGGUAGGGAGAAAAACUUGAAUAUGACAGUGCACCAAGGCACAAACCUGGUCCUCAGGUUUCAUUAUCAUUAUGCUUUUCCAGUUAAGGUUUUUAAAAUAUUUUUUUAAAUCCAAGAACUAACAAAUUAAAUUGGUUAAAUUAAACUAAAACAAACUGUCAGACAUUUCAGUCAGUAUCCGCUGGUAGUUUACUUCAGUUGUGCCUGUCCUUGGUGCUGAGUCCUUUGCCUGAAUAGUGAGUUGAUAUUCCUAUGAUUAUUACAUUUGAUAAAGAAUACAGUCAAACCUGUAUUAGCGGCCACCUUUGCAUAGCGACCACCUGGCCAUAGUGGCCACUUUUUGUCGGUCCCUUGGAUUCGUAAUGGUUAAGAAAUAGGCUGUCACCUGUCCAACACGGCCACGGCCAAACGUUUUCCGGUCCCGUAGAUACAGAAACACUGCCUAUUGCGACCAUAUGUUGGCCUUAUGUCACUCUGCGCCAAGUUAAAAAUCGUAGUUUGCGAGGAUUCCAGUUCCCGACAGGGUCAUUUUGGCGGUAGCGGAAGGUACAA